CAGCUUCCUGUGUGUUGUUUUGGUCUGGCAACAUCUACUUGUGGUUUUUCUUUGGGUUGCUCCAAAAAUAACAAAAACAUUCUGAGCAGGAACAAAAGAAAUUGUUUACCUCAGAUUUGUUUGCUUUGGGAAAAUAGUUUUUAAAAAGUCUGCUUGGGGUUAAUGAGAUAUUAAAUUGACAAUACUGAAUAAAUAAGUUUAAAGAUGGCAAAUAUCCUAUUUUUUUCCCAGAUGGAUCAUAUGUUUCAGAUUGAGCACAUUUUCUAAUUUAAUAUUAAAUCAUUUGUUUAUUAUGCAUGGUAUUUCAAUUUUUAAAUAGGGUAGCAUUAAUAACAACAAAAAUAGACAUAAAUAGUAAUAUCCCUUCACUUUUUGUGAAUAACUUUCAUACUUCAACUUCAAAUUAAGUUAAUUUAACCAGUUUUUCUGUACAAGAACUGAACUGUUGUGCUGAAACCAACUUCUUUAGAGUGUAGACUUAAAAUGCAACAAUCUGCUGCUCUGUUACUGAGAUUUUAUAUUUUUGCAAUAAUUUAUUGGUGAUCAGUGCAUAAAUCCUGAUUCUGCAGCUUUUGAAGGGUCGUAAAACAGAUGAGAUGAUAAUCAGCUUAUUUGUUUUCAGUGAAUUCAGUAUUUCUGAGAAAUUCUUUAAAGACCGGAAAGCUGGUGGGGCAAACUGAAACUGAGCAGUAGCUGGGCAGCCCAGUAGGCCAGACUUAGCAGAAAGCACGUGGUUUGAGAUCGGUGGUGUUGUUAUCUGAUAAGAAGCAAUGACGAUGCAGCCUGCAGGGACAGGUUCAGACACAGAACAGCAGGAAACAAGAAUUACUCUUUAACAACUCCACUGAUGUUGUUGCAUCUAACUACUAGCCUAGUGAUCUAGACCAAAUUCUUGCUUUGCAAAGUUUGUAAAAUAAAUAAUAUAUUUGUUUAGUCUGGCUUGCCAGGCAGCUUUUUUUUUUAAUGGUUGAGUCACUGUGACACACUUUCCCAGCAUGCAUCUCUCCAGGAUGAGGCUAAAGGAGGAGGAGAUUACGUAGGAAAAAUUGUAACCUGACUCCUGCUUUCAGUUUGCUCUCUUUACUGUUUACAAGCCAAACCCACCAGGGGUUAAAGGUCACAUUUUUCCUGCACAGCAUCGCUUCUGCUGCUGGUGGGUUAGCAUCAGGCUGAGCUGACUUCCCGUUUCUUCUUCUUGGCUGGCUUUGACAGCCAGGCCUUUGUUUGGCACAGUGACUGAGCAGCCUAUCUUUCACUCAAUGCAGCAGACAGCACGCCCAACAUCAACGCUUCCUUCCCCAAGAGCUGCCAUCUCCUCUUCAGCCGCCUUCUCGGACCGAGCUCGAGGCUCCCCGUGCUCGAUGGCCUUGAAAGGUUCAGUUUCAUCUCAGAGUCAAUGUGACAAUGAGCCGCUGGCACAGAUUCUGGACAAGCCCAGGCUGGUGGUGGUGGAGGAGCCCAAGGACAGGGGCAUGAGGUUUCGCUACCAGUGUGAAGGACGCUCGGCCGGCAGCAUCCUGGGGGCGUCCAGCACUGAUAGCAACAAGACGCAGCCCACAAUAGAGAUUCAGGGUGACAUCAGUCACAUAAAGAAGGUCACAGUCACUACUUCUUUGGUGACCAAAGACCCCCCACACAGACCUCACCCCCACGCCCUUGUGGGUAAAGACUGCCCAGUCAGCACUGGAAUCUGUGUCGUUUCAUUUAAUCCCAACACCAACAGAUGUCACAGCUUUGCUAAUCUUGGUAUCCAGUGUGUGAAAAGGAAAGAACUGGAUGACUCGCUUCAGAAGAGGAGAAACCAAAAUAUCGACCCAUUUCAAACUGGUCACUCUAAGGGCAUCGAAGACAUGGACAUGAACUCGGUGCGUCUGUGUUUUCAGUGCGAGCUCGAGUGGGAGGAUGGCAGGAAAGACUCCCUCAGCCCAGUCGUCUCCAAACCCAUUUAUGACAAGAAGGCCACAACUACAUCAGAGCUGAAGAUCUACAACCUGAAUAAGUUUAAAGGGUCCUGCAAGGGAAAGACUGAGGUCUACAUGCUCUGUGACAAAGUCCAGAAAGACGACAUUGAGAUCCUGUUCAGACAAGGGUCAUGGAAGGCAAAUGGGGAGUUCGCCCAGACGGAAGUCCACCGGCAGGUAGCCAUUGUGUUCAAAACGCCCCCCUACCAGGACCAGGACAUCACAGAAGAGGUGGAGGUAAAUGUCCUCCUGCGGCGCAUCUCAGACCAGAUGGAGAGUGAUCCAAUCACCUUCACAUACCUUCCAAACAACACAGAUCCUUAUGAAGUGAAGCGAAAAAGAGCCACGACAAAGAGAGACGCGAGCGUGUUCAAGAAUUCUUGUCCGACAGAAACCACGCCACCACCACCAGACCAGACGUACUCAAAUCCAACACAGAUGUUUCUGCAUGAGAACCAUCCAACAGACACAACUACUCAGAUGGACAGAUACUUGGAACCCUUAGACGCGGAAAGGCUCGCCCAAGAGCUGAUUGAAAAUCCUAACUUAAUAGCAAUGCUUGACAAUAACAUUUUCUUUGACAUGGACACCAACAUAUUAGCGAAUAUGAGCACAAACUUUAACACGAACUACGGCUUACACUCGCAGGAAUUUUUACCCUUUAACGACAUCCAGUUUAACCCACUGGUGAGCGAGAACCAGAAUCCACAACCAGAACUGCAUGAUGGCACAAUGCAGGUGAAAACAGAAGAGCUAUGAGGUCUGAAGCAGUGAAGCACGUAAACGCAGAUCAUAUUGUUGCUAAACAGCCCUUUGCUCCAGGAAUUCACACUGUGUAACAAAGUUUUAGACCGAAGCAGUUUCCAUUUUCUGCUCUGGGAGGAAUCCACUAAUGGGCCAUUCCCAUCUGUACCGGGUCGGCCCGGGCCGGGUAGCCCCAGUCGGCCCCAGCCUGGCCCGGUUGAUUCCACACAUCCUUGCCUUAAGCCCAUGUGGGCUGAUUCUACCCACCAAUCAGAGGCUUGCUCUAAUGGAAGGUGUGAUUUGCUGUCAGCAGUGGGUGUGUUGGCCCUGGUCGGCCUGAAGCAGACCCCCUCGAGAAGAGGGCCGAGAAUGAGCCUUGGUUGGCCCGGAAAAAUACCAGGCCACCCAGAUAUGUAAACAACCUACGCUACCCGGCCCGGGCCGACCCGGUACAGAUGGGAAUGGCCCAUAAGCCUUGCUGGACGAGGCUGUGAACAGAAGUAGGCCAUCACGGUUUACUCUUUCCUGUAAAUGUCAGAGGCAUUAAUUUUAAACAUUAAAAGUCCGAGUAAAGUGAUUCAGCCAUCAUGGAACUGAAGGGAGAACUUAACCUUAACCCGGGAACGCUUCAGACUCCCUUAACUGCUGCUUACUGAAAUAAACCCAGGGUGAGAUCCUGAUUAUUUGUAGGUGUUUAGGUUGUUACGGAUUAUAGGGAAAUAAACCAACUUCCUGCCCUAAAAUAUUUUAAUCAUAAUUCCAGUCAACAGAACUUUUAUGUAGUCGUCUCCUAAUGUUAUUAUUGAUGCAUCCAAAUGUGCCAAACCACCCCUCCUAUUCAUAGCUCUGUUUGUGUCACUUCUUUGUUCUGCAGUUUUGCUCUCGUUCAUUGCUAAUAGUCUUGUGCUGUAGUGUAAAUAUGUCAAAAAAGAAUAAAAUAUUAUUAUCGA